AUGUUCUGGGUCUCAUUUGCUCACACUCGCUGCUCACCUGUGCUGCUGCUGCUUUGUUACCGUGCAGUCACCUCGGGUGUGUAUUAUCAAGUGUUAGCGACGGUAUCGCUCGAGUGUCCGAUGUUUGUCCCCGACGCUCGAGCUGCGGGUACUACCGUAGCUGACGAGAGCCAUGUGAGACAGACGCGAUCUACGAGGCAUUUGUCACCGGAACAUGACAAGCGAUCUCCACAUCAAAGCGUCGACGCAGUUGCUGUCGAUUAUAGCAGGUUGUCAACGGCCGCUCCACUCAUACUCUCGGAGUGGUAG